AUGAAUGCUAAUAUUAGUGGACCCAAAGUUGUCACUUUUGCUCUAUCACAAGAACAUGGUAUUGCAGCUGGUGUAGCAGUAUCAUCAUGGUUCGUUUUACAAUAUAUGGGUGUUAAUGUCAUGAAAGCUCGUAAACGAUUUAAUGUCGAAUAUCCAAAAUUGUACUCCAGUGACUCAGAUCCUCAAAGCAAAAAAUUUAAUUGCAUUCAACGUGGACAUCAAAAUACAUUAGAAGUUUAUCCUGAAUUUCUUCUAAUGUUGAGUUUAGGUUCAAUAAGAUAUCCAAUUAUUGCAUCUAUCGGUGGUGUUAUUUGGUUAAUUGGACGAAUAGUCUUUUUCCGAGGUUAUUCAACGGGUCAACCUGAAAAACGUCGCUAUGGUUCAUUUGGUUAUUUUGGAUUAUUUACAAUGAUGGGCUGUGCUAUCAAAUCAAUCUAUGAUUUAAUUAGAGCUUAA